UUUCCAGAGGCGCUGACUAUUCUGCCCGCAAAGUAAAGAAGCCUCCCUCGGCGGUCGGCACGCAUGGUAUUUUUUCCCUCCUUGGCCCGAAACCCCGGCAUUAAGCCAGCGAGAUGGUGGCCCUCUCCGGCCUUCGGCCACGGGCAUAGGGUUUCUGGAGAUUCUUUUCGCCCAUUUUGUCUCUUCUCUCGCCUUGGUUUACUCCCCCUCCUGCGGCCAUGGAGCUGGGUCUCACGGCCCUGCUUCGGCUCGCCUGGGUCGCGGCGACCGCGCCCAUCCUCCUCGCAUCCCUUCCGGUGCGGUCCCUCGGGUUCCUGCACCAGAUGCUCACGGGCUUCGCCGCCAGGGGAAAGACCAGGAGUUCUUCCAGCAAAUUCACUGUUCCGCAGAGAUAUUUUUUGCAUUUUUAUUUGGUGGCUCUGGUGCUGACAACAUGCUUGGUACUUUGUACAUGGUUCUAUGCAUAUGGGAAAAUGUUACCAUUAUCCUCUGAAUCAUUACAGUACUCCACGAUCGCUAGCCACCUGACUGGAGGUUCACAUGUGUUUUCUAUUCACAAAGUCCCGGUAGCUUCUGUGGAGCAUAAGUACCUGGUGUGGAGGACUGUAUUUGUGCUUUUAUUGAUGGAAGCUCAGGUCCUAAGGCGCUUGCAUGAGACACUUAAUGUGUUUAAUUAUAGUCCGUCCGCUCGAAUGCAUAUUUUUGGCUAUUUAGCUGGCCUGUUCUUUUACGUAAUGGCACCGCUGUCACUUGGUAGCUCCUGUGCUCCAGAGGCACUGAGUUAUGCAGGUGGUCAAAUAGCUCAAUUUAUAGUCAAAGGUCGGGCUCGAAUGCCAGAUCUUGAGGUGCAUUUGUGGGAAUUAUUGAAGCCUUUUAUUAUAUUGGGAUGGUGCCAGUGGAUAGGGGCAGCUAUUUUUAUAUGGGGUUCGCUACAUCAGCUUCGUUGUCAUGCAAUUCUUGGUUCUUUGCGUGAGAAUAAAGGAGCUGAUGAAUAUGUACUCCCUCAUGGCGACUGGUUUGAAUAUGUCUCAUGCCCACAUUAUCUUGCUGAAAUAGUCAUAUAUGCUGGCAUUUUGGUUGCUGCUGGAGGAUUGGAUAUUACAGUGUGGCUGCUUUUCUUGUUUGUGGUAUCCAAUCUUGUCUUUGCCGCAGCAGAAACUCAUAGAUGGUACUGUCACAAGUUUGAGAGCUACCCUCAGUCCAGGCGUGCUAUAAUACCAUUUAUAUAUUAGCAGUGGUGGUUUAAAAAGGCUGAACAAUUGGGCUUGAGGCAAAGGUCACCUGGCGGACAAUCUGAAUAAGUGUCUUCUAACAUUGUCCUGGCCAAGUCUCAAACGUAUGAAUAUUCAUAUUUCAGAGAUAAAUCAGAACAUUGAUACUAUUGCUGUAAAACAAAAGGAAUGUACUGUAAAACAAAAGCAUUGUGCCAUAAAUUUUACUCUCACAUGUUGCAAUCAACGAGAUGAUCGAUGAGUUUCAUUUUUCAAUAUAUGAAAAGAAUUCUUUCCUCUUUACGGAAUGGAAUUUUAAAUCAAGAAAGUUUGAUUGAGAC